CUAAUACAGGUGUAACAGAUAUGUUCUACCAUUUGAGAUAUGGUAAAAUUUUUUAUGCCCCGGAUUCAGCGAUUCCGCAAAAAAAAGCAAUUCCAGGGAGCCCUAUAGAUACAAAAUGGGAACGUAUUGCAUUUAUAGGGUUACACUUGUGUUUUAAAUGUGCGAUUGAUGGAACGUCGAGGAUUUCCCGAUGGAAAGUAGGCGCCGAAAAGGUUUUCACUGUUGCGGGGCAAGUUUUACCGCAGAGUUCCGCGCGAAACCGCCGGAACAGAAUUACGAGAUGGAUAGAAAGACGCGAGAAUCGAUUAAUGGCUGAACUGCCAAUGUGGUUUUACGACAAGUAAUCGAUACGGUUCUUUUAUUAA